AUGAAUUCCAUGGCCACGCCACGUGUCCUGCCUGCGCACCUUCAUGCGUUUGCUCCAGGUAGACCACAUGGUACAGUCCGAAUGCUAGGUGUGAUCACCACCGUUAGCGGUGAUCAGGCGACUUUGACCUGUGGGGAGGAUGCCGUGACUGUGUUACUCAACAGAGAUUCUCACCUGUCCGUCCACUCGCUAUACGAGAUCGUGGGGAAAGUAGUCAACCUGGAUGGUGGCGAAGGUUUGGGACUGCGUGUUCUGAGCAGCACUGAAUGGCCGAGGAACGAGAGGGAUGAGCUUCCGGAUAUGAAGUUAUUCGAGGCCGUAGUUGAUGCUACACAUAGGCACAAGAGCAUCUUUUAUGAGGGCGAUGGCGGCGAAAGUGGUAGGGAUGGAGGAUAUUGA